AUGACCUGUAGGCCAGAGAUUCGACAUCAGGCUGCAGCUGGUCACAAAAACAGACAUCAGGCUGCAGCUGGUCACAAAAACAGACAUCAGGCUGCAGCAUGGAUUAAUCCUGGUCAUAAAAACAGACAUCAGGCUGCAGCAUGGAUUAAUCCUGGUCACAAAAACAGACAUCAGGCUGCAGCAUGGAUUAAUCCUGGUCACAAAAACAGACAUCAGGCUGCAGCAUGGAUUAAUCCUGAUCACAAAAACAGACAUCAGGCUGCAGCAUGGAUUAAUCCUGGUCACAAAAACAGACAUCAGGCUGCAGCAUGGAUUAAUCCUGAUCACAAAAACAGACAUCAGGCUGCAGCAUGGAUUAAUCCUGGUCACAAAAACAGACAUCAGGCUGCAGCUGGUCACAAAAACAGACAUCAGGCUGCAGCAUGGAUUAAUCCUGGUCAUAAAAACAGACAUCAGGCUGCAGCAUGGAUUAAUCCUGGUCACAAAAACAGACAUCAGGCUGCAGCAUGGAUUAAUCCUGGUCACAAAAACAGACAUCAGGCUGCAGCAUGGAUUAAUCCUGGUCACAAAAACAGACAUCAGGCUGCAGCAUGGAUUAAUCCUGAUCACAAAAACAGACAUCAGGCUGCAGCAUGGAUUAAUCCUGAUCACAAAAACAGACAUCAGGCUGCAGCAUGA